ACAACAAUACACACACACACCACUCUGCUGUGUGGAAUUCAGAGGAUCGUAAGGGAAAGGAUUCAGCUUCAAAGCAAACAAAUGGCUACAGAAAAUUACAAGGCUUCAGGUUCAGGGCAAAAUAUGGCUACAGGAACAAGUGAGGCUUCAGAGCAAAAUAUGGAUGAAAGUAAGUUCAAGAUAUUCAAUGACUCCAUCCAUGGCCAUAUUAAGAUGCAUCCCUUGCUGGUGGAUAUCAUUGAUACUCCAGAGUUUCAACGCCUGAGGAACAUCAAGCAGAUGGGAGGAAUCUAUCACGUCUUUCCGGGAGCUUCUCACAAUCGCUUUGAGCACUCCAUUGGUGUGUGUCAUCUGGCAGGGGAACUUGUAAAAAGUCUGAAAGCUCAAGGACAAAAGAUUGAUAAUAAAGAUAUCCUCUGUGUUCAGAUUGCAGGAUUGUGCCAUGACCUGGGUCAUGGACCAUUUUCACAUUUAUUUGAACAUGUCACGAGGGAGCUAUCAGAGAAAUUGAAGGAUUUGGGACCAGAGAAAAGUCAAAACUCAAAGGAUUUAGAAAACUGGAAGCACGAAGAACAAUCACGCAAAAUGUUUGACCUGCUGAUCUCAAAAGGCAUUAAGAAUGAUAUGAUAGGUAAAGUUUAUGGAUUAGAAUUUUCUGAAGACGACUUAAUGUUCAUCCAUGAACUUAUUGAGGGCACAAAAGAUAAGUGUUCCAACAGUAGUAGAAAAGAGGAAAAGCCGUACUUGUAUGAAAUUGUGGCCAAUAAACUCACAGGCAUUGAUGUUGACAAAAUGGAUUAUAUCAGCAGAGAUUGCCACCAUCUGGGACUGAAAAGCAACUUCUCACAUAAGCGCUUUAUGAUGUUUGCACGAGUUUGCCGCAAUGAAAAUGAACAGCACAUUUGCAUGAGAGAUAAGGAAGCGAUAAACAUGUACGAGCUCUUCCAUAAUCGAUACAUGCUUCACUACACCGUCUGCCAUCACAGGGUUAAUGUGGCAAUCGAAACAAUGAUUACUGAUGCACUUGUGGCUGCUGAAGGUCACUAUAAACUGGGCAGAAAGACAAUCUCUGAGGCAGUUUUGGACCCUAAAACAUUCUUGAAACUCACAGAUGAUAUCCUUAUGGAAAUCAUGCGGUCAACAGAAAAAGAUCUCAAAACUGCACAGGAAAUCAUUAGAAGAAUUCAGGCACGCAAGCUUUACAAGUUUGUCGGUAGUAACAUAUUCAAGACAAACGAGCUAAAUCAUUCGGUUGGAGCUAAAGAAAAAGAGGAAGCACUAAAAAAAUGGUUCGAGAAUAUCAGGACAAACGAUUCGGUGCAAAAUACAAGUGCAGCUAAACAAUAUACUGAACAAUAUACUGUCAAGCUUGUUAAAUUAAGUUACGGAAAGGAAGAAGAAGAUCCAAUCAAAUAUCUCAGAUUCUACAGGAAAAGCAACCUGGAAAAUUCAGUGAAACUGGAUGAAAAUGAGGUUUCCUACAUGCUGCCCAAGACCUUUUCUGAAACCAAGGUCAUGGUUUUCUACAAAGGUUUGGGAGAGGUACCCCAAAACCCCCCAGUUGACAAAUUAUGGGAAAUUGUGAAAGAUUUAUGGAAGCCAAGUUCCCCAUCCUCAAAUGAGGAAUCAAGUGAAAAUGUGUAAAUGUGAUAGUGUAAAGUGUGUACCCAGCUCUUCACAAAUCUUUUGCUGGGGGAAAAAAUGGAAGGGGUAAUUUUGAAAUCCAAGGUUAUUCUAUAAAAUAUUAUGCUUUCUUUUUAAGCUAAUUGCUCAGGCAAAUGGCUGUGCUCAUCUAGAGAAAAGAAAUUAAUUUGUGUGCUGAAAUCAAGAGAAAUGUGCAUAUGCAUGAUGAAUGCAUGUAAUUUAUUUAAAAUUCAUAUAGUGUGUUUGUUUAUGGCAGAUUUCUUUUUGGGGCUUUUCUUUUACCUUUGAAUUCAUUUAUAUUCUGAAUGAUUUUUAUAUGGUUUUUGCGACUUUUGGUACAAUGUUUAACAUAAAAUAUGAAAAAAAUAUUAAUCAGAAUAAAUUAGUACCUAACAAGUAACUAGUGUGUCACUUCAAGAUGAUUACAAGUAAGCAUAGAAAAUUAAGCAUGUUAUACAGGACAUUAAUCUGAAUCUGAAUCUGAAUCUUAUCAUAAUACAAAUGUUAUAAUAAUGUUUCUUCUGUAGUAGUAAUUAUAUUAAGUGGAAUGUAGUAAUAUUAUCAUAGUAUGGCUUGAUCUGGGUUUUUUUUUUUUUGGCUGUUUUUUUGUGUGGGUUUUUUAGAAACUAAAAACUCAAAGUCAAAUGUAUUAGAGUUUAAGGUCAGUGAUCAGUGAUUGGCUAUGUGAUGAAAGAAUUGUGGGAUUAAAAAAAAUAUCUUAA